CGGUCUUUGUUCUCCGGGGUCGGGAGACUGCCGGAACGAGCCCGGUCUCAUCUCUGGGCGGGGAGCGGGCGGCAGCAAGUUACCGACAGAGAGCAGGUGAAGAACAGUCGGAGGUGACCGAGUGGGUAUUAAAAACGAUUUGAAGAGAUUUCCUGGGCUUGGAGUGUGACUUUUUCCAAAACCACCUUUUCCUUGUGCUGUAUUUGUUGCAACAAUGUUUAAGAGAUUGACUCUUCCACAACUGGUUUUUGCUACUGUCCUUGGAAUUGCUGGAGGAGUAUAUAUUUAUCAACCAAUAUUUGAACAGUUGGCCAAAGAUCAGAAGGAAUUAAAAGAAAAGUUGCAAUUGGUACAAGAAUCAGAAGAGAAGAAAAGUUAAUACUACAUGGAGUUGAACUGUAAUAAUUGCUUACAGUUCCAUUGUAAUUAUGUUAACUGAAAAUAAUUAAAAACAUUGAUGUAUUUUAAUAUAACUAAAUCAUGGAUAAUGAUUUAUUAACCUGA